GUUUCAAGUUGGUCUAUCUAUUAUAAAAAAUGGUUAAAUCACAAUAUUGUCCAUUGCAGGCUUACUUCCUGAUUAACGGAUUGUGUAUUGCCAUCAUAUUAUUGCAUUCGCAAGCCAAUGGUUGUAGUGGAAUCGAUUUCCGGUGUGAUGUGGAUGAUCCUCAGAAAUAUUUCGUGUGCCUCAAUGGUGCUUGGUUUAGUAGAUCGUGCGCGGGAGGCUUGGUAUGGGAUACCUCAAUUUCUGCAUGCAACCGGGAAGAUUUCCCUUCCUACGUAGCUUGCCAAUCUGAUUCAAAAGCAACAACGAUGUCUGGGACAGGAAAAAUAGCAUCAUCUGACACUGAGUCAACAAAGACAUCGAACACGGGAUCAACAGUGACAUCUGACACUGAGUCAACAAAGACAUCGAACACGGGAUCAACAGUGACAUCUGACACUGAGUCAACAAAGACAUCGGACACGGAAUCAACAGUGACAUCUGACCCUGGAACAAGAAUGCCAUCUGACCCUACAACAAGAAUGACAUCUGAACCUGGAACAACAAUGACAUCUGAACCUGAAACAACAAUGCCAUCUUACCCUGGAUCAAUAUUGACAUCUGACCCUGGAUCAACCGUGACAUAUGACCCUGGAUCAACAGUGACAUCUGACCCUGGAUCAACCGUGACAUAUGACCCUGGAUCAACCGUGACAUAUGACCCUGGAUCAACCGUGACAUUUGACACUGGAUCAACAGUGACAUCUGACCCUGGAACAACAGUGACAUCUGACACUGGAUCAACAGUGACAUCUGACACUGGAUCAACAGUGACCUCUGACCCUAGAUCAACAGUGACAUCUGAAACUAAAUCAACAAUGCAAUCUGACCCUGGAACAACAGCGACCUUUGACACUGAAGCAACAGUGACAUCUGAUCAUGGAUCAACAGUGACAUCUGACCCUAGAUCAACAAUGACAUUUGACACUGAAACAACAGUCACAUCUCUCCCUGGAACAACAGCGACCAUUGACACUGAAGCAACAGUGACAUCUGACCCUAGAUCAACAAUGACAUUUGACACUGAAACAACAGUCACAUCUCUCCCUGGAACAACAGCGACCUUUGACACUGAAGCAACAGUCGCGUCUGAUCAUGGAACAACAGUAACGGCGAUAUCUGAUAACAGGUCAUCUACAGUUACCGUUUCCACACCGAACAAUACUGACAUAGUUUACAUUAGAAAUAUGUGUUCAUGUAACUGCAUAGGAACGGGGUAUUUCAACGCCAACCAUGUGUCAUUUCAAAUGUUACUGCGUCAUAUGAGAAACCGAUUGAUUUUGAAUGCGAAAUUACUGUCUUCAACACGUCGGAGGCAAGCAUGUGCUGACGACUCACGCAUGUCUUCACAGACCAUUGGUUAUGCAUUUGUAUUGGUUGUCAUUUUACCCUUACUUCUUGCUUUGGUCGCUGACCUGACCAGAAUACUGACAUUUUAAACGAAAUACUUUAUCAAAUCAGAUAAAACGGUGACAGAAAUGCUAAGAAUAUAAAUUGUAUUGGACCGUGUGUUUCGGAAGAAUAAGCGUCUUUUGUUUCAUCGACGAACUUCAUAUCAACGAUCAUCAACUGUGUCUUACUUCAUAUCUAUAAUCAUCGAACGCAUCUUACUUCAUAUCAAGGAACAUCAUUGCUUUUGCAUGGACUAUGUUACCUCUUCUGAUAAGUUCUUCAAUAAAGUCGUAAGAGAGGGGUACAUGUUGUUCACGUAUCUAUGUCAAUAGUCUGUUGGGCGAUCUUGUCGAAUCAAAAUAAGGAUGAUAAUCAAGAAAGUGAAUAAUUUUUGAUAGGAGAGAAGUCUUAAGGAGCACAUGUUCAUAAUUCGUUCAAAAGCUUCGUAAAUUCAUAAAAAGACAUACAUUCAUUUCAUUAUACAGUAUCACAAUAAAGUAAAGAUGGUACUUGAAAGUUUUGACAAAGACUUAUCUGGAUAACGGGCCGAGUCUGCAUUGAAACAAGGAUCAUAAGAAUUCUUUAAUUUAGAAAUCCACUGUAAACGAGGAAGUUAAAAAUCCAUAAUUUAUCAUUCAUCGGUAAUUUUAGAAAUGUAAAAGGGAUUAAUAAACAGUCAUGUUAAUGAUAUCAACACAAUGUCCAUGUAUGUCACCGAGGAGAUGAUAUGUGCAUUUCUCAUAUUUCAGCCUUGAACAUAUCCAUUAAAAACAAUUUCAAAUAUCUGUGAAUAUUGUUUUGCGCAGUACCAAAGCUUUGACUCAUAUUAUGAUAGAAGUCUUCUUAGGUGACACAAAACAAAAGGUGAUGUGCAGUUUUUUUUAACGUAUCACAUCUCGCUCAAUAUAUUGUCAGAGCUGCACCGUGUUUAUUUCGCUAUUUACUUCAUGUGCUUAAUAUACAUGGACAGAAAAAUGAGCUUUAUAUAUUUUGUGAUGUGUAAAUAUUUAUAUUUUACUGCUGUUGAUAUUUUUAGAUUUUUAGU